AUGCCAGCUCUGGUGACUCGGGUGAACACAGCUCAGGCGGUCACCAUGAAAGCGAUGGUAGCAAACACUCCGGAACUUCGAGUGAUCACGGAAAAGCCACAAUUCCACAUAGAAAAGUUCCACUCAGACGAGAAACAUGCGAAAAAAUAUGGUUCCGAUUCCCACGCAUCGGCGGCACAAGAGUAUUCGGAUGGUGAUCAUUACAGUAAAGGACAUGAGGCCUAUCACGAUAACCAUGGGGCGCAUAAAUCGCAUCAUGGAGAAUCUAGGCAUGGUGAAGAUGGCCACGGAUUCGACAAAAAAGGCCAUUAUUCCGGAUACGUGACACCAACCUCCGCAUUUAAGGCGGCAACAAAGGUGGCCAUUAUGAUUAUGGGACGUAAAGGGCACGAUGAAGAAUACAGUCAGUACUAUCAUGAGCCUCAUCAUGAUACAGAUUCGCUUGAACACGAAGCACAUCAUGGACAUGGGAGACAUCAAGAUUACGGUAACGGUCAUCAUGACCAUCACCCCUACUACGGCUAUGAAUAUGAUUCUUACUAUUGA